UUUCACGGCAUUCUCUCCAGUCAUCUCACGGCAUUCUCUCCACUCACUUAUUGUGCCAAUGUAGAUAGAGACGAUAAUAAGAUUACUGUGGAUUGCGAGAGUUACAACGACCUGAAAAAAAGCAAAACUUCGACGUUUCGAGAAAAGGCCCUUCGUCGGGAAGUUAGUCGCCAUUGUUCUCAACUAUUUUUAGUUCGCAGUAAAGAGGAUAUUCUUGCGAGUAUUGGUGACUUUCAUCAGGUUCCAGUUCAAUGCACAUGGAGGGCAUUUAAACAAAAGAAUCUCAUUAGACUAUCAUUGUUUAACCUUCAACUGCCAUAGGUCUCGUAGGAUUGCUGGAAACCCAGCUAUUUUAAUGAUAAAUGCCUGCCGUCUUGUUAACCGUGCUUGUUAUUGAGGAUCACCAGUUUAUUCUACUUGAUCUUUGACCUGGCUUUAAGAUGAUAUUAUACAAACUGCAUUUUAGUUUUAGUUUAACUGCUUUCAUUGCUUUACAAACAUGUAUGUUUUCAACGGCAGACAAAUCAGGAGUUGGACAGGAUUGGAAAUUUGAAACCGACGACACACUUCAAAACUCUACAAGAACGGCGAGCAACAUAACUCAAAAAUACUCCAAAUACUCCAGAAUGACAGGUUAUGAAAAGGAGGAUAUUAAGCCAGCAAAAAUUCUUGACUUUAUUGACAAUAAUCUGAAGAAAGUUGUUAUUGGAGUGAUAGCUGUAGUUGCUGUGAUCAUUAUUACUCUUGUGUGUUGUUGUGUGUGUUGUGCAGCAACUGUGUGUAACCGUGCAACAAAACAAUUACGUGAUACUAAACCCAAACAGGAACUGUUUGCUGCUGAAGUACAAGAAUAUGUACGACAUAAUUUUCAUCCUACAUCUCACGUGUACAAAACUGAUGAAACAUCUGGUGAUAUACACGUCUGUAGCCAUGCAGUACCAUGCAAAUCUCCGUAUGAAACUCCUUCAUAAAAAUUAUCUUUAUUUGAAUCUAAAACCUUGUAAAGUAGAGUAUAAAAGACAGAAUAUCAAUGGCAAGUAUGUUCAAAGUUAUUCACGCAUGCAUCGAGAUAUUUCUAUUGUACGCAAGAUUGCAAGACAAUAUUCAAUCCGUUUACUUGCGGCAAUUGCGACAAUAUUAGCAAUAAUAAAGUUAUAACUAUUGACCUAUUCGAAAGCUAGCUAUCAAAAUUUCCCACUAAAUAUUUUAUAUUUUAUGCAUAACGAAGCUAAUAAAGAAUUUUUCAACAGAGACUGUAAUUUAAGGCAAAGUGUAAGAGAUUAAGAUUGAAAACAAUCCAUGCAAGUAUAAGAGUUAUAAACCGAGAACGCGGAAUAGAAAUCAUAUAUUUAUACCCGAGGGCAAAUAUACAACUUAUAUCCCAAAUUCGAGAUUUAUAACUGACUUAUUUUCAAGUUGGGGAGGUUUUUGAGCAAGAUUUCAUCAAUUU